CCCUAAUCAUUUAGAGCCUGAGCGGGGAAUCUGUAGGACUCCGAACGAUCCCUUUUGCAAGCCGCCUCACUGAACGAAAAUGGGAGAGGAGGCCGCCCCGACACCAGGAUCCCCAGGUUCCUCUUCCGCCAUCAAACGGGUCCGGACCGUAGAUGAAUGCCAGGAUAUGAUUCAACGGAGCCUCCGAACACCAAUGGUGAUAUUUUUGAGGGAACAAAUGGAGAAAGCUGGGUGUGGGGUGAGCGACAAAUUCUUCAAGGCUGUAUACUGUCAGAUGCAGAUGAGUGGUUGUUAUAAUCGGAAUAAAGGGAUUAUGGUAUGCAGUAAUCAUAUGAAUUUUCAAGAUGAUGUCAACCAAGUGAUUAUACAUGAGCUAAUUCAUGCAUAUGAUGAAUGUCGUGCUGCAAACUUGAACUGGACUAAUUGUGCUCAUCAAGCCUGUAGUGAGAUUCGUGCUGGCCAUCUUAGUGGUGAUUGCAACUUCAAACGAGAAUUGCUGCGUGGUUAUAUGAAAAUAAAAGGCCAUGAACAAGAAUGCAUUAGAAGAAGAGUGAUGAAAUCUUUGAGUGCCAACCCAAACUGCUCAGGAGCAGUCGCGAAGAAUGCAAUGGAAGCUGUCUGGGAUACAUGUUAUAAUGACACACAGCCCUUUGACAGAGCUCCUUGAAACAUACAUAUAUAGGUAUUUGCCUACCUAACCCAACUUUUUUGCUUCAAAGGAUGCCAGACAAAUUUCAUUCCUCUAAAAGAGUUAGAAAAUAUGCCUCUUAUUUAUUGCUUAUGGCAAAUUUAGCCAAAACAUUCAUUAAGAAGACCUUGAUGCUUUAUUUCUUGAAGAAUCUCUAUUUGACAACUUAUUUCUUGAAGAAUUUUGCUUCAAUGAACUAUCUGAACUUCAGUUGAAGAAGGCAUGUGAGGGAUCUUUCUGUCA